AUGGUUUCCGACACAAACCAAUACCAAUCCAAGAAUGUAUGUGUAAUUGGAGCUGGACCAUCAGGGCUAGUGGCAUCGAGGGAGUUGAGAAAAGAAGGUCAUAAGGUGGUUGUGUUGGAGCAAAACCAUGACAUUGGAGGUCAAUGGCUAUAUGACCCAAAUGUAGAAGGAGAAGACCCUUUGGGAAGAACCCCUUUGAAAAAGGUGCAUUGUAGUAUCUAUGAAUCUUUAAGGCUCAUGUCUUCCCGAGAGGUCAUGGGCUUCACUGAUUUCCCAUUUUCAGUCAAGAAAGGUAGAGACAUGAGGAGGUUUCCUGGCCAUAGAGAGCUUCUUUUGUACCUUAAGGACUUUUGUCAAUGGUUUGGGUUGGGAGAGAUGAUAAGGUUCAAUACAAAGGUGCAUUAUGUGGGACCUCUGAAUUAUGGCGUUUCUAGUGAUGAUUUGAAAUGGGUUGUUCGAAGCAAAGAGAAGAAUAGUGAGGAGUUAGUUGAAGAAGUAUUUGAUGCUGUGGUUGUGGCCACUGGCCAUUACUCUCAACCUAGAUUGCCUUGCAUUGAAGGAAUGGACUCAUGGAAAAGAAAACAAAUGCACAGUCACAUUUACAGGUCUCCAGAGCCAUUCCGCGGGGAGAUAGUGGUGGUGGUUGGAAAUUCUUACAGUGGACAAGAAAUAUCAAUGGAGCUUGUGAAAGUAGCUAAGGAACUCCACCUCAGUUCGAAAUCUCUAAAUAUUACGGAGGGUUUAUCUAAAGUCAUAUCCAAAUACGAUAAUUUCCACCUUCAUCCACAGAUAGAUACCCUUCAAGAGGAUGGAAGAGUCCUAUUCACAGAUGGUUCCAGCAUUCUCGCAGACACUAUUUUAUAUUGCACUGGGUACUCCUAUACUUUCCCCUUUCUAGACACAAAAGGAAUGGUUGCUGUGGAUGACAACAGAGUGGGUCCUUUGUAUGAACACACUUUCCCCCCAUCACUUGCUCCUUCUCUUUCUCUUGUAGGCAUCCCCAAAAAGAUCCUGGGGCUUCCUUUCUUUGAGUCGCAAGGAAAAUGGAUAGCUCAACUGCUUUCAGGGAAAAAGGUUUUGCCGUCAUGUGAGGAAAUGAUGAAGUCGAUCGAGGAGUUCUAUCAUUCAAAAGAAGUAGCCGGCGUUCCUAAGCGCUGCACUCAUGAAAUUGAUACAUUUGAAUAUUGUGACAAAUACGGAGAGAAUGUGGACUUUCCAAAGUUACAAGAAUGGAGGAAACAGCUGUGCAUAUCAGCCGUAUUGAACUCUUCUGUGAACUUAGAGACAUAUCGUGAUUCCUGGGAUGAUGAUGAUAAGCUUCAGGAGGCCCUUCGAAGCCCCUACUUCACUCAACUAGGUACACAAAACUUUAUUGUACCAAAAAAAAACAAACGGGUAUACUAA